AUGGAGCGGGCUGGAUUCAAAUAUAAAGGUGAAAAUGGCGCAGUGGUAUGUGAUGAUUGUCAGUUAGAAAUAUCUGGAUGGACAGAAGAAAUGAAACCGUUUGAAACUCAUGCUGCGCGUAGUCCUGAGUGUCCAUUCGUCCUUUCCCAGUUGAACAAAUGUUCUUUGCAGUCAACCAAUGAGGAAAAUGCACGAAAGCGUCAGAAAACGGAAUCGAAUAGUGAACAGUGCGAGCAACGUUACAGACUACAAGAAGUUGACAAAUUGCGAGAGGCACGCCGGGAGACAUUCUCUCAUUGGCCGAAUCACUCGAAACUAUUUGUUGAAAGAUUGAUUGCCGCGGGGUUUUUCGGAUGCAACGUUGGUGAUCGCGUCAUGUGUUUAUAUUGUUUACUAAUUUGUCAUCAAUGGAAGGAAGAUGAGGACAGUCCUGAAGAAGUACAUAAAAUCAUAUCUCCUGAAUGUCCUUAUGUGAUAUCGAUGCUAAUACAUCCACAGCCACUACUCGAUUCGAUCCAACCAUGCUCGCACGAGAUAUCAUCACAUGCUGAAGCACUAGCGCAAGCUGGAUUUUUUUAUUCAGAUUCGAACAACAUCGUAGUAUGUUUUAAUUGCAACGGAUCGUUAAUUAACUUUAAUGAGAAAGACGAUCCACUUUCUGAACAUGCGAGACGCUAUCCGUUAUGCAGCUAUGCGCGAAUCGCCUGCGGGGAAGAUCGUUAUCGCGAAAUUCAACAGGAAAAUGGGAUGAAUAAUACACGUAAUGAAGCACAGCCACCUCUUGAUGCUAGUCGUAUAUCACGUCUAGUUGCCGCACGGUUGGAUUUACCAUGGUCGCAAUAUUUACUCGAUCAGAAUUUUAAGUUAUCCAUCAUACGACGAUGCUGGGAGGAUCAAUUACAAUUGAAACAAGAUGAUUUUCAUGGGAACGUCAAUUUAUUUAUUGCAUGCACGAUUCUUUUGAAACAAAUUGAUCGCAUUCAAGGGAAUAGAGACAAUAUUAUCACUCCUACUGACCGAUUACAAUUAAUUCGUGAGGGAAAACAACCACCACGAUCAUCCACAUCGAAUAUUGUUCCUCCUAAAACUAACGAAACAACACCUGUAAAGUCUGAAAAAGCUCCAACAACGACAUCGAUUGAGCCAACAGUUGUUAAACCUGUAGUAGAUAAAUUGGAAAAACGAUCUCCGGUAAAAAAAUCCUUAGUAAACCCUUGUCUAAUGUGCCAUCAAGAAGAAAAACAACUCGCUUGUAUUCCUUGUGGUCAUCUGGUGACGUGCGUGGACUGCAGUCAAACUAUUCGAACCUGUCCAACAUGCCAGAAAGAGAUUACCGCAUAUGUACGAAUUUAUAUAUAA